CCUGGCAGAGACGGGUGUGCGUGUGUGUGGGAUUAGAUUAUCCUUGAUUUUCCCAGCAAGACAGAUGGAGUUAUGCUUUUAAUUAUCAAAACUUCCUAACAAAUUGAACAAAGAAGAAAGAGACUACAAAGACUUUUGAGGAUACAUUAAAAACAAAAAAGAUUAAACUGAAACAUUUAAGCAAAUCUCAACCAGAUCUGCUAGGAUGCCGCUCCGAGCAUCGCUGCACAGAAAUCCAGCCUCUGGACGCUGGUCCAGCAGGAAUUCCAAGAGGAAGGAGGUUCUGUCUGUCAACAUGAUCAGCCUACCGCUCGCCGAUUUCCGCCACAUCACUCAUAUUGGAAACAAUGCCGACAGCUUUGGAGAUCUGUCUUUUCUAAAGCUGAGUCACAACCUGCUUUUACAAAGUUCCCGAAGUGAGCAGAACGUCUUUCUGGCCUGCUCACCGCCUCCAAAGCCGCCUCGUCUGAAUCUGGACGAGACUGAGAGCAAAAAGACCCCUGACUUGUCUGUGGACCACCAGCACAAUAACUCCCAGAAAAGGAAGAAAUGCAGUUCUCUGCCCCUGCUGGACAGCGAGAAAGGAAAUGUAGAUGCUGAAAAAGAGGAUGGGUACCAAAGAGGGAAUAAUACUUCUUCCAAUCAGACUCAUAGCUCCAGAUGGGGCAGCACAGGUUCAGAUGGGGAUGAAGACUUUAACGAGACCUGUGACAAAACUACGGGACAACAAAAGGAUGAGGACAGUGGCUUUUCAUUCAGCCUCGAUCUGGGUCCUUCGAUCCUUGACGAUGUCCUUCAGGUGAUGGACAAACUGCACAAAUAAACCAGAGAUUAGCCAAAUGUCUCGGAGAGGCUUUACUAAAGGUUUGGAAUAUAGAGAGCAAUAAGGGCCUCAUCUUGUCCAGAAUCCUGAUCGGAGACGAAAUCAUCACAUUUGGAUAUUGUUUUGUUCAUUAUGUUCGGAUAAAUCUAAAGAUAUCUGCUUUUUUGGAAUGCAGAAUCUCAAACAAUGAAUAAUAAACCACAGAUGAACACUGUACACUUUGUAAAGGCACAGGAUAUGCUCCUAGAGCACUGUGAUCCACAGCGUUUACUAAAAAGUAUGCGUGAUUCUGUUUGAAAAGGGGGCACAUAAACAAAGUUAAUGUUCUCCAAGCAAUCACCCUUUGCAGAGGCAGAUCCAGUGUUUAAGUUAAUAAUUAAACUUUGUCUCAUGUUAAACUAAGAGCUUGACAUUUUCAACCUUUUCACAUUUCCCCUUAGCUAUUUUAAUUCUUCAAACCACACAUCAUGGCACUGACGACGGCUGUUAAGACUUAAGAUUGUUGUGUUUAAGAAAAGAAACGCAACGACUGGAAUCCAAGGUCCUUGGAGCUGCGAUGCCUUGGCGUGCUUGCCAAUCUGUUGUGUGCAGAGGGCAAAUUUUACUCCGCACGCAUCUGAGAGGCCCCACUCAAUGGUAGACCAAGGUACCCCCCAUCUCUCAUUCCCAACAAGGCAGUGAAAACAAACACUUAGUCCUGCUUCCAAUAAAAGCCAGCCAGUGGUGGCAGUUUGGGCUACCGACCAAGCCAGGCCACAGGUCCAAGACCUCAGAAGAAAAAUGAAAAAAAAAAAAAGCCAAAGCAGGCUGUUUUCUUAGCUGCAAAUCAGCGUUCAAUGCUCUGGUGAGCAGUGCACGAGAAGAAAAGUGGUAAAGGGUAACUUGAUACUUCCACAUAUGCAGGGGGUGUUGAGGGAGAAGGAGGACCAGAAACAUCAUUACUGUAGCAAAAGUUCUGAUGAGGCUUUAAACACUACCUUCUACCCAAAUACACCCAACACGCAAAAAUGCAUGCUGUAUCUCACACACUGGCACACGAGCAAAGGGAAGCACACGUGAAACACUCGUGAAACACUCGUGAAACACUCGUGAAACACUCGUGAAACACUCGUGAAACACUCGUCCAUACGUUUUCCUCAAACCUACAGAGGAGACGUCGAGACGAGCCUCACUCCGGCUUUGUUGGGGAGUUAUCGGGAUGGGAUGUGGCACAAAACCCAGAAGAAGUCAAAUUCCUAAGAGCGCCACGGGUCACGGUACAAAAUCUAGAAACCAAAAUAAGUUCUUCAAGCAAUAAAUUUUGAAUUCUAUGCAAGUCCAAAACAGAAACAGCACUGUUUGUGGGAACAUUUAUAUAUCCGUUUCUUGUAGACUUCUGCCAAUAACACAUUGUGAAUGUUUUUUUCCUUCUG